UCAGCAUGUAUGUGUCUCUACUAAAUCUACUUUAUUUAAAUUCUUUGUCUUUCCUGAACUCAUGAAAUGAAAACUAACAAAGGAAAAGCACCAAGUAGUUGCACUAACAAAGGAAAAGCACCAAUUAGUUGCAGUUCGGCCGAUCCAAUGAAAGACAGAUAAACCGACUCGAGCUGAUGGUCGUAUUCUGUCGGCACAUUAAGGCUGUCUAGACUCAGAUUGUAGCUGAUUGAAGAUCUUGCUCUCGAUCCACAUAUAGAUACUUACGUAACAAACGACACGAAUUGCGGAGAAGAAGUGAAAGAACGACACAAAAUGGCGUCCACCGCAACCAUUUCUAGUUCCUGUGCCAAGGUCCGGAUCCGAAAUUUCGCGGGUCACGAAGAAAUCCUCAAUGUUAAUUCGGAGGUCUGUACAACCAUCGGCGACCUGGUGGAGAGUUUCUACGCCCAGGACCAGGUUCUUGCGAAAUUCCUGAAAGUUGGGCAAUUGUACCCGCCCAAACACCGCCUGAAAUGGCUGAAGUGGGAGGAAGAACAAUCUGAAGACCACGAAACAUCGUCCAAGUUAUCUGAAGAAAACAGCAACAAAGACAAUGCAGCAGCAGAUGCAGCCGCGGGGUUUUUGCCCACCGACGCAGCGUUGGAUUUCAGUGCGGGGACUGCGUAUCAGUUCGUGAUCGUGGCUGCGCGCGAUUGGCACGCAGAAUUGGAAAAGCUGAAGCUGAAAAAACCGGAUUGGGCUCUCGACGCAACAGGUGACGACGAUCAUGACGAUGAACUCCAUGACCAUUUUGAAACGAAACUUGAGGAAGCCGUUGAAAAUUUUUUCGGUUCUAUGUCCUUCUCUGACGCACAAGACUUUAUCUACGAUCGUGCCUAUCUGAUUCCGCCGGCGCCUCCGACGGGUGAUGCCGGGGAGUGGCGGUGGACAGAGACGGAGCCGUGGCGCCUUGUCGUCGAGGAACUCGCACGACACUUACCACAUCGGCAGUACAUACCCGACGGGGGCACGCCCGCACGGUAUUAUAGAGCGACGGGUAGUGGAAAAGAUCGCUUUCGCUUCUGGCGGCUGAUCCAGACCGUGCUCAUGCUCCCGGUAAGAGAAUGGAAAAAGCACAGCAAGGACACGCAGUUUUUCGCCUUGCCUGAACGGGAAGAAUACGCACACGACGUGGCAUGCGCACUCCUACUCCACAACACGUUUUCCGGGGCCGCUUGGGGAGCUGCAGAAGAAUCCGCUUUCGCAAUCGCUCUGGCAGCAGCGGAACUCUCGGCUGGCACUGCUGCAAAGCUGGUGGCCAAGGCAUUUGCUCCUACGCAGCAAGAGCUGUACAUGUACAGCCCCUCGCUCCAGCAGGGAUGUCGAUACGGAACGCGCAUGCCGAUUUUCCACAGGGAAAUAAAUAAUACGGACUCACCGCUUCGUUCCUGCUUGUUCAGAGCUCCGAUGAGGUUGCUGCUCCGCGAUCUACAUUCCAGAGGUAAACUGGAUCAGCUUCUGGCGUCCUUGAGCCGGUUGUGCGGUCUUGCUGGUCUCAAGCUGGAGUGGGUGUCGAACAUUGUGCCUGAGAGUAUGGGCCACUAUAGCUACGAGCCCGGGAGAUACAGCCACGACGAACUAGAGGUUGUGAGAACAGCUGUGAUCAAGGAGAUCAAGCGCGAAGUAGAAUACAUCGCCACAUGUGUCGGGGGUCAGGGAGCAGCGGCGCUCGAGAUGUGGUCGUUUCUGUUUUCGGAGAUCCAGGAAUGUUUUCCGACAUCAGAUUUAAUCGACAUCGAACUAACUACCAUGAUGAAGGAGUUGGAGGAGCAUGUCGCGGCAGCGAACGCCGACAUUGUGGAUGUUUUGGAAGAUCUCGGCAUCGCGAAACACAUCGAGGAAACAGUGGCACGGUCCGGCUCGGCGCUGACCUGGGAGCACGAUUUCGUUCCACACCUCCGGGAAAAGUUUUCCAAAAAAAUCAACUCAAAGGAAGAACAACUUCAUGACAAUUUUGAAGAAUAAAGAUCAGACACCACGAAUACAUUAUUUGCUGUUGACUACAUCCAUUGACUUCGAUGCCUUUGCAACGCCCUUAACCUCGGUAUUUAC